AUGGCCAAACAAGAAUUAUACUACAACAACAAGGAAUCAAGACAAGCCUACCACCACUCCAUGAUGAUGAUAUCCAAGAGUUCCUCGGAAGAAGAAGAUUCGCUGAUGUGUACCUCGCCGACAUCACCAAGCCUUUUUGUUGAACACUAUGCUCAAAAGAUGAAUCCAAGCUGCCAAAACAAGAGUCAUAACAAUUCUUCCAAUGCUCACUCCAGUCAAACAGCACGAGAAAUCCUUGCUGAUAUUACCUCUCAAGCUGUUGUCGCAGCGGCUUCACGCAUGAACGGACAGGGAGCCUUUAUCACCAGCACCACCACGGUCAAUACAAGCCUGAAGACACAACAACCCUCCAACAACAGCAAGAGUUACCAACAGGGACAAUCCACGAAUUCCACCACUGCCACUCACUACUAUCCUCCUUCGACUUCCACCUCCUUUCCAUGUUCCCAGCCACAACCAAACAUGAAAUUUGUUCACACUGACUCUUGCACCACGCAACUGAGCUAUUCCAAUAACAACAGAAGCAACAACAACUACAAUAAUAUCCACUACACCCACACCCACUCUGCCACUGGUAAGACAAAGGCAGCAGUUUCUCAUGUUGUGGGCAUUCAUCCAUCAUGUCGAAACGUUUCCACAGAGCCUAAAAUUUUCUCUCCCUCAGUCACCUCGCCUGUUCUUGGCCUAGACUUUGGUGAAUUCCAAAUGAUGCAAGAUGAAGAUGACUAUGAUUGCGAAGACAAUGAGGAAUCGCUCAAUGAAGAGAACAACGACCAAGAUGAAGAUUAUCUUUUUUGUAAAGAUGACGAAGAAGAGGAUGACAGCGAUGAUGAUUGUCAGCACUAUUUCACCUUGAGCCAAGACAAUUAUUCUACUUCUCAAGUGUUGGGCGUCUCACGAUCCACAACUUUGACAGAACCCUCUCGACAGCAUGCCACAUGCAACAUGAAUAAUACAACAAUGAACUCCCAUAGAAUGUCGAACCACAUUCAAGCUCGACAAGAUCCUGAUCUCUACAAUGAUCAUGAUCGAAUGAGAUUGAAACAAGCACUGGACUACAAUGUGGACCAUCCAGUGAAUUUACUUCCCAAGUUCAACAAGAAUCAAGAGAAUUCUCAGAUUUCUCGUCUUCCCAUCGAGGUAGAACAAGAUGUUCUUGCCUAUUUAUUCGAAAAUGAAAGCAGAAAACAACCUUCUCUUGACGCUCUCAGAUCCACACAAACCAUUGUCACACCUGAUAUGCGCUCGAUGCUCAUUGAAUGGCUUGCUGGCAUUUGUGUUGGAUUCAAGCUUCGACCAGAGACAUAUUACACCUCUGUGAACGUUCUGGAUCGUUUCCUUUGCCAACACAGAGUAGAGAACACCAAAUUUUUACAGGGUAUUGGUUUAGCAAGCUUACUCAUUGCUGCCAAGUUUUGUGAGAUUACAUGCCCUCCACUCAAACAAUUACUCUUUGCAGCAGACAAUUUUUACACUCGUCGUGCAAUUUUGAAUUGGGAGAGUGAAAUUUGCAAUAUUCUUGACUUUGAAUUUUGCACUGUCCAUGCUUUUGACUUUAUUGAAAAGUUCUUGGAAAUUUGUGGCUAUUCUCAAUGUGACCAAGUGAGAAUGCUCUCCUAUUUCAUUUGUGAAUUGCAACUUCAAAAUUUCCACACUCUACAAUUCCAGAGACACACCGUGGCCAUAUGCUCCAUUAUUAUUGCUCUUUACAUGUUCCGACAGCCAUACCUCACUCCCAAUGUGUUGUACUGUGUGAGGUUAUCUGAAAAUUUCUUUGAAAGCGCAAACGGCUCCUUAACAAGAGACGAUGUGCAAAUUCUGGACACCACCAACAAGUGCCUCUCAACCAUGUUCAACUUUUAUAUUGGCAUGAUCACAGGAACCAUCAAGUACAACUUUGUCGUCGAUAAGUAUAGCAAAGAUUCCUUCAUGAACAUUGCCACAUGGUUCCCAUCACAGACCAAUCAUAAUUUCAACAUUGUACCUCCACAAUUUAAUUUACAAGGAGGGCAAAAUCAAUCUUGUUGA